AUGAAAGAAAUGGUUCUCAACGCUAAAGUGCGUUUUUUUGAACUGCAUAUUUCCCUCUUCGAGACGCUAACAGAAAAGUUCCUCACAGGACAUUCCAUGUCGGCUUUCCUUGAGUAUUUUCAGAAUGAGGAAAGUUUCGUUCAAAGUCUAAUUGACGGCUGUCUGGAGGAAAGAACAGUCAGUAAAGUUUGCGAGGUUUUGAUUAAAGCUGAAAUAUAUCUCUGCUUUCUUUACUGGCAAGAUUACGCUAUGAUUGACAUCAUUUACGAAACAGCAAUAAAGGCAGCCAAUGAUCACAAUUGGCUUAACUCUGUCCACAAACGACUGCUUCUGUUGAAAACGUAUGGAAGCUUGGUUAUGGGCGCAACUGAAGAGACGAAGAGGCUGCUGUCGGUGAAUAAGCAAGUUCAGUUGUCUACUGUCAUCCAAGACACACAAUUGCAAGGAGAAUUCUUGACUUACCAAGGAUUGUACAAAAUGUUUAUCGGGAGAGUUGAAGAAGGAGUGAGACAUUUAGAAGAAGCGCUUUCGUUAAUGGAGACAACUCCAAAGCACAGAACCCUAAAGCUCAUUAUUCUCCAAGUUCUUGCUCUUUAUCAAAGUUCCAAAAGGAACCCCGUUAAAGUCACUUGACCUUUACAAAAGAGAAGUAGAUGAAUGCAAAGCAAUGGGAAACACGGGCUUAGUAGUAAUUCCGGAGAUCGAUGAAACCAGGAGAGAAGAAGACGGGAUACAUCUAAACGAAACCAGACUGACCCAUAACCAGCCACUUCAAACGGAAGUUGUCAUUCUGGUGAGUCAAACAGUAAAGAACAUCUCCACUGAUACAACCAGCCAAUUCUUUAGUAAUUUACUGCUGCAAAUACUGACGGAAUCUGACUCUACCAUACCAACUGGUGCAACUGGUCGGUUCAACUUUCAUUUCUCUGGAGUAAGAAUGCUCAUUAAAUUAAAAAAAGAACAAGAACCGUGUAAUUUAAAUCGGAGAUAUAGUGAAUUUUCAUCCCGAAAAAAUCCAAAAAUAGUUGAGAAAAACAUCAGUGCAACUUCCUCAAAUAACAGCGAACACACGAAAGCCAACCACGUAGAAGCCUUAGAAUCAGAAAAGAGUGCACUGGAUAUCAGGUUAAAAGUCCUGGGGGAAGAACAUUUACAAACCGCUUCCAGCUAUCAUUCAUUAGCAGCUACACAACAUUCACUUGGAGACUUUGUGUCAGCCCUUGAGUCAAACAAGCGUGCACUGAAUAUCAGGUUAAAGGUUUUGGGUAAAGAACAUUUACAAACCGCGGACAGCUACCAUUCAUUAGCAGCUACUCAACAUUCACUUGGAGACUUUGUGUCAGCCCUUGCGUCUGCCAAGCGUGCACUGAAUAUCAGGUUAAAAAUCCUUGGCGAAGAACAUUCACAAACCGCUGACAGCUAUCAUUAA